GAAAUAACUUGUGCUGUCGCAGAUCCACCAUUUUCCCUUUGUAACUAACCGGUGUUCAAAACACGUGUGUACGAUCAAGUUACAUGGGAAACCUGUGUGUUCGCGACUGAAAUUAACACAUAAACAACACUAAAAAGUGUGUCACUUUUUUGCCGAUAAGUGUUACGUGUUGAAUUAUAAGAAUGAACACCGAAAAGCUGAAGAAGUUGCAGUCCCAAGUCCGCAUAGGCGGCAAGGGUACCCCGAGGCGCAAGAAGAAGGUCGUCCAUGCGACUGCCGCCACAGACGACAAGAAACUGCAGUCUUCCCUCAAAAAACUUUCAGUUAACACUAUACCGGGCAUCGAAGAGGUAAAUAUGAUAAAGGAUGACGGCACUGUGAUACACUUUAAUAACCCAAAAGCACAGGCGUCGCUGGCGGCGAACACAUUCGCUAUAACUGGGCAUGGUGAGAACAAGCAAAUCGCGGAGAUGCUUCCAGGUAUUUUGAGCCAGUUGGGCCCUGAAGGGUUAAACCAAUUAAAGAAAAUAGCGUCAAGUGUAGCGCCGCCGAAACCGCUCGAUGAGGACGACGAAGUACCUAACCUAGUCGGGAACUUCGACGAGGCUUCAAAACAAGAGGCCAAGGAGGUGAUCACUGAUGAGAAGGAAACCGAAAAGGAAAAGGAAAAGGAGAAAACGCCUGAGACAGAAACCAAAGCUGCGGAUAAGAAGACAGAUUAAAUAGUCCCCCUACAAAAAGUUCUAGUUUUUAAUUUUGCUCACCCAAAGUGAUUCGGGUUUCCAAAGGCAAAGAGUGUGUCUCAAAAUGUUUUUUUUUGGUAAAAUUUAAAUGUGUUCCUAAGUUGAAUUUGUGAACUGUUCUGUUUGGUGAUGGUGCCAGUGAGGGACACUUAAAAAAAAAACUCUUAGACUUUGGAAAUUCUGUAUACAGCCAUCCCGUUAAAUGCUUUUUCUUUUACAAAAUCCACUAACAAUAUAGUUAUUAAAACUGCGUUAUGAGAGGAAAUAUGGAAUUCUCAUGCAAUAGGGCAUAGAUAAGUAUUUUAUAUAUCUGUUGUUCAGUAUAGGUUCACUAUGUUAUCAAAAUAUAGCAUAAUAUGAGUUAAAAUUGACACAUUGGUAUAUAAUAGCAAUAUUAUAUCUAUAGGAUGGUGCUAUGCAUCAUAACAAUAUGAAACUUUGUAAAGAAGGUAUUUUCUAAAACUGUUAAUUCAUUUCAUAUAAAUCUGCUUUCUCAUUUCAUACAAAAAACUUAGGUUAUAAAAUGAAUUGAAGUUAGUCACAGAUGGCUCUAUAGAUAACAGAGCUAAUAUUGUAUAAUAUUAAAAAAAAAUUGAAAAAUGUAAAAGACCGAGUUUGUUAUGAAUUGACAUGACAUAAACUUUUGUCAAAGAAA